AUGGAAACGACGUCGUUGCCAACCAAUGACGAGAUCAACUCACUCGGACUACCUCUUAAAGAAUUCUCAUCAUGUCAUUUCUGCUCCAGUGAUGAGCUUAUCAUUGCCAAUCAUGUGGGAGUUUUUCAUGCGGGACUACCGCUUCCGGCACAGAUCGAAUUCUUUCAUAUCGACUCAAAAUGCUGCCCUAUCCGGAGACCGAACUCCUCUUCAUCGGAAACAUCCUCCGAUUGUCCAUAUUCUGGUAGAAAAUCGCAUUAUCAUUGCCGAGUUUGCAAAAAAUAUUUCAUCUCCGUCUCCGAACACUCAUCGGAUCAAUGCCAAUCGCAGCUGCGAUGUGAUGUGAACAAAAUGGUGUGUUCUCGACCAUUUUGCAAGCUUAAAAAGAAACAAUUACAUUUUCAUUGCUCCGUAUGUGAUCAGGGUUUCUCAGACAGGAUCAAGUUCCAAAUGCAUGCUACAAAACACAGGAAUUCAAGUAAUAAUUCUAGCCACCACGUUCAAACUAUGAGGAAGUAUAAUUUGGGAAAGCGGAGUGAAGAAUGCUCCACGGCGUCAAAAUUGCCCGUAAUCAUGACUGACGUUUCAAACAAGUGGACGACGAGGUCCGACGAGGAUUCCCUGCCACUUGAUCUUAGCGUCAAAAAAGCCUCGCCGUCAGAUCCGCCAAAAUCUUUUUCCGGAGAGCUCGAGAGCGUUGGAUUAAGCAACGGUGAAGAGCUUCCGUUCACUUUACGAAGGAUCCGAUUUUCUUUAUAG